AUGUCAUCUGAUGAUGAGAAUCUCAAGCUGGCGAUGGCAAUGUCGCUUCGAGAGGAUACAGCCGGUACCACGGAGAACUCUCCAGCAUCUGGCGUCGUCGACCUCACUUCUGACUCCGGAGAUGACGAAGAUCUCCGACGUGCGAUCGCCCUAUCUAUGCAGGAGGACGAAAAGCCUAACGUUGCACAGCAGCCCGCUAGUGGCACUAGCACACCCGCAACCGUCAGCAUGUUAGGCUUCAUGGGCAUGGAUCGUAAAGCCAUGGAACAGGAGCGCCUCGCAAGACUUGGUAAGCGAAAGCGCGAUGCAUCGCCAGAGCGACCUUCGAAGCAGAUCGCUCGUUCCCCACCAGCAAUUACGCCGUCAAAAGGAUCAGUAUUGCAAUAUCCCAAAGGGGUCAUCAAACGCACGUUUGCGUCAAAGUAUCCAAGGACCAACGACAUCACCAUCGAUGAACUUUUGGAAGCUCCACAGGUCAACAUUGCUGUCAUCUGCUCGUUCCAGUAUGAUUCCAGUUGGAUGUACGAAAAGCUUGAUCCAACAAGGAUUAAGCAAAUCUGGUUGAUGUACUCCAAAUUCAGAGGCGAAGACAUUCGGGAGAAACUGAUUCGAGAAUGGACCGAAAGCCGUAUUCCCAAUAUGAAGCUUCACUUUCCACCCAUGGACGGUAUGAUUGUAAGCAUGCACAGCAAAUUCAUGCUGCUAUUUGGGAAGGAGAAGCUACGCAUUGCAAUACCGACUGCGAACAUGACACAGACUGAUUGGGGAGAGGUGGGGAACGACUGGCAGCCGGGUGUCAUGGAAAACUCGGUAUUUGUGAUCGACCUGCCUCGGAGGAGUGAUGACGGUGUUGGUAAGGUGGAGGAGUUGCCAUCCUUUGGCCGAGAUUUGAUCUUCUUCCUGAAAGCACAACAAGUUGAGUCCAGAGUGACGGGUGGUGUGCUGAAAUUCGACUUUGCGGAUACGAAGCAUCUGGCUUUUGUUCAUUCAAUUGGCGGUUCACACAAGGAAGAAUUGGAGCGGCCAACAGGUCUCCCUGGGCUCGCGAAUGCUGUACGAGAGUUACAGUAUGACGACGUUGAACACAUCGAGCUCGACUACGCAGCUUCGUCCCUUGGCGCUAUCAACGACACGUUCCUAUCCCGCAUCCACCUUGCAGCACGCGGGAAGAACUUCACGCAAGAUAACGCAGCAGUACCUGACGUGCGCGAUCACUUUCGGAUAUACUUCCCCACCAACGAAACUGUGGAGAAGAGUAUCGGAGGCUCCGGCUGUGCCAACAUCAUAUCAUUAAGCAAGAAGUACUACAACGCAUCAACGUUUCCAAAAGAGUGUCUCCGAGACUAUGACUCGACGCGGCGUGGCAUGCUAUCACACAACAAGCUAUUAUUUGCGCGUGGUCGCAGGACGGAUGGAAGACCAUUUGCAUGGGUCUACGUUGGCUCAGCCAACAUAUCCGAAUCAGCAUGGGGCGGGCAAAAGGUGCUGAAGAGCGGCAAGGUAGGAGCGCUCAAUGUGAGGAAUUGGGAAUGCGGUGUGAUUGUGCCCGUGCCAGAUGACAAGUUGGCACAUGUCGACUUGAAAUCUGAUACAGUACCGCCGAUGAGCGUGUUUGAAGGGACAGUCGAAGUGCCCUUUCACUUCCCAGGUGCAAAGUAUGAGGGCAGACGUCCGUGGUUGUUUGGUCCGGCGUAA